CCGAGCGGCUCGGCCCUCGGGGGCGUGUCGGCCGAGGCGGCGGCGGAGCUCCCAGCUCAGCACAGGAGGCGGCGGCCAGCAUGGAGAGCGAGCUGGAGGCGCUGGCCCCGCGGCCCGCGAGCCCGGCGGAACCGCCCUUCCAGGCGUUGGUGGAGGCGGCGGGUGGCCGCGGGCAGGUGCUGCUGGUGGGCGAGCUGUGGGAGCGCGAGCAGAGCCGCGCGCUGCUGCGGGACUUCGCCGGUGCCGUGUUCCCACCGGAGUCCCCGCCGGGCAAGCCGGGCUGCGCAGAGGCCGAGAGCGCGGGCACCGCGGCGGCCACCGAGCCGCACGGGGCUCCGGGGGCGAAGGCGGAGCGCGCCAUCCGCUCGCCGCUCGUCUUCGUGCUGUGCCGCGCCGGAUCGCUGACCUCCCGGGAGCCGCGGCGCCGCCUGCGGGAGAUGCUGCGGGACGUGCGCGGCCGGAGGCGGGAGGGCGCCGCGCUAGUCGGGGUGCUGGUGGCCGACGCGGGUGCGGAGGACGCGGGGGCAUCCGGACUGCAGCUGCUGGAGACGCUGCUGCGCACAGUGUUCGGCCGCCAAGUCGGGGGGCCGGUACAAGCUGCAGCCUUCCGUUCGGGCUGUCCGGCCUCCAGCCUGGCGGUCCAGGAGGCGGCCUGCAGGGCCCUGCAAGUUGCGGGGCAGGGACGACCAGCAGAAGGUGCCUGGGAAAGACCGGGCCGCACUGGUCUACUGACUUGCUUCUCCUGGGGUCCUCGGAGGCAGAGGAAGAACCAAGGUGUCACCUCCUCUCGAGGCCCAGCUCAAGAACACCUCCAGUUCUCGGAAGAGGUGCUUGCACUGACAUCUGUGUUUCCCAAUGGAGACUGUGAAGACCGUGGAAAUGGAUCUAGAGCCCAGGAUGGAGUUGUCCACAUGCCACCUGACACCCCAGAGGACACAAGAUGAAGGCUGGGCCCCUGGACGGGUCCUAACCUGCACACUGGACUCUGGCCCUUCUCAGUGAGUCUCCACGUCACAGUGUUACCUCGGCAGAUGGUGACUGACUGACUCUGAAGACCCCCCUUGCUUGGGGGCUGCCGCUUCACUGUUACCAGCCUGUGGGACCUGCUCCACACGUAGUGUUCCUUUAUUCUGUGGUCAUGGUGGGUCGAUCUUGUCUCUCUGUGCCUUCACUUCUCUCAGCCAAGGAGCCUCUGUAACGGCUUUGCAGACAUGUCACUCAGUCUCUGGGCUUGUUUCCCAAAUGACCGAAGGGCUGCCAACCCAGUGGCUUUCCUCCAAGAGCCACGCUGCACCUCCAGGCAACACUGGAAACUUGUGUGAAAGCAAUUAGUGGGCAUCUCACAAGUGUGGAGGGUGGACCAGCUACAAAUAAUUAGUUUACUCAGGAUGCUGAUUGUGACAGUUUUGAAAAGUAGAAGGGCCAAUCCCUUCUCCCUGUCAUUCUGGGAAGAUAUCCCCUUAGGUUUCCUGGGAUCUUGGCUCCCAGAACAAGCCAAAAUAAAGGCCUGACUGUUGUGGUGAGGAAGCCUGCCAGGCCAGAGCCAAGAUGGCUUGUGUGUUACAGGGCCAGGACCCAAUGCGCCUUGCAUGCUAUGAGAAAAGGGGGCCUCCGUCUCUUCUCAUGUUGACACUGAUUACUGUGCCAAAGUUGGCUGGGAGCUGCCUAUAGCACCAAGGAGAGGGAAAGCCAGGGUGUCGGGGUGCUCAGCCUCCCCUGACUUGUACUAGAUCUCAGGUCCUGGCCCAAGUAUCCUGGAGGUUCAGGAAUCUUCUCUUUGAGUCUGUGACUCACGUUGGGUGGGUAAAUAUCUCCCACAGAGCCUACCAGGGUAUCUACUCAUGCAGAAGCAACUGGGGACUACCUCUGUUGCCCCUGCCUGCCCCUGGGGAAAUCACUCUCUGGAGGGACACAGGCCCUUACUGGAUUCCCCUGAUACGAGGGAAAGCGCUGUCAGAGGGAAGUGGAUGCAUCUGUAGAUGCUCUGCAGAUACCCAGUUGUGCUGUGUGUGCUCUGUAUAUCUAUCUCCCUGUGAGGAGCUGCAUACCUUUGAGUCAUGAGUCAGCUCUUUCUGUGACGAUGGGGAGGGAGAGGACCCUCCCUGCUCCAUGCCUCAAUUUCUUCUUGGCGAUCCACAGCCUAAUCCUAUUCCCUCUCAGUCUCAAGUAGAAACUGUGAAGUAGAAAGAGAUAGUGUCUUCCUGGAAUGAGGUAGGAGCAGACAUCAUUUUAAUAAUGCAAGGUUGUACCGUAGGAAAUGGUCCUAACCAGCAUCCUUUAUUCAAGAAUGAACGCCAGGCCGGGCGUGGUGGCACACACUUUUUUUUUUUUUUUUUUUUUUUUUU